AUGGGCCAUCCUUCAGACGACUCUGCGGUUUUCGCAGAGAAGACAGUCCCUCACAAUGAAGCUGAAAUGGGCAAUGGCGACAUCGAAACGGCAGCAGGCCACCUGCAGGAGAUCGACAUGCUGAAGCAAGGCCUUCACCAGCGGCACAUCCAGAUGAUUGCCCUCGCCGGCACCAUCGGCACUGGUCUCUUCCUGGGCUCUGGAAGUGCCAUUGCAACGGCCGGGCCUCUCGGGGCCUUCCUCGGCUACACCAUCAUCGGCCUCGCCGCCAUGAGCGUCGUGUUUGGCGUUGGAGAGAUGGGCGCCUUGGCGCCGCUCAACGGCGGCGUGGUUCGGUACUCCGAACUCUUCUGCGAUCGUGCAUUGUCCUUUGCGAAUGGAUGGAAUCAGAUCUAUUCCUCCUUGAUCUCCAUCCCGGCCGAGAUUGUUGCCGCCGCCGUCGUGGUGCAGUUCUGGAUCACCAUCAGCAACGCCGUCUGGGUCACCGUGUUUGGCGUCGUGAUGACCAUGACCUCGCUUCUGUUCGUCCGGGUGUAUGGGGAACUGGAGUUCAUGUUCUCCAUGCUGAAGAUCAUGCUCAUCAUCGGCAUCAACAUCAUGUCCCUGGUCAUCACCUGCGGCGGAGGCCCCGACCACACGACCAUCGGCUUCCGUUUCUGGAAGAACCCCGGGCCCUUUGUGCGGUAUUUGGGCAUCAAGGGGUCUCUUGGCCGGUUCUUGGGAUUCUGGACAACAUUUGAUAAUGCCCUCUACGCAUACUCUGGCAUCGAGACGAUCUCCGUGGCCGCCGCUGAGACGCGGUCUCCCCGGCAUUCGAUCCCGCUGGCGGCCAAGCGCAUUUUCUACCGUAUUCUCCUGUUCUACGCCCUGUCGAUCUUCAUGGUCGGCCUCGUCGUGCCCUCGAAUGACCCGAACCUGCUUCGUUCGACGGGAACCGCAUCACAGUCGCCCUUUGUCAUCGCAGCCCGCAACGCAGGGAUCAAGGUCGUGCCAUCCAUCAUCAACGCCGUCAUCCUCACCUCGGCCUGGUCGUCGGGCAAUUCCACCAUGCUCGGCGGCUCUCGAACGCUCUUCGGACUCGCAGCUCACGGACAUGCACCGGCCAUCUUCCGCCGCCUCAACCGCUUCGGCGUGCCCUACGUCGCGGUGUCGCUGUUCAGCCUCUUCAUGGCCCUAGGCUACAUGACCGUAUCCAAUUCCGCCAGCACGGUCUUUACAUGGCUACAGGAUAUCGUCUCCAUCUCCACGCUGGUGAACUGGGUCUGCAUCUGCUGCGUCUACCUCCGGUUCUACUACGGAUGCAAGAAACAAGGCAUCGACCGCCACAAGGAACUCCCCUGGGCGGCUCCCUUCCAGCCGUACGCGACCUGGGCCACGUUGGUUCUGCUGGUCAUCCUGUUCUUCACCGGUGGCUGGUCGACGUUCCUCCGGCAUAACUGGGACACGGAGACGUUUGUUUCCUCGUACAUCAAUCUGCCCAUUAUUCUUUGCUUGUACUUUGGCUAUAAGUUCUGGAUGAAGACGAAGAUCAUCCCGUUGGAUGAGAUUCCUAUUCGGCCGUUCAUCGAGAAUUAUAGGAAUAACCCUGAGCCUCAGCCUCAGCCGAAGCGGGGAUUGCAGAAGAUCAACGUUCUAUGGUCUUAG